AUGGAGAAGUACACAGACUCACCACCUACCUUGCAAGUAGAGCAUUCCUCCCUUCAGACAGAGAAUCUGAUUCUGCAGCCACAAAUACAGCAUCUGACUGAAGAGAGUCCUGAUCCGAGGGGCCAAGUCAUGCCCACCCUGGCCACCCCAACGAUGUCUGUACCCUGCUCACUUGAACAUCUCUCUCAGUUUCACCAUGACCCUGCUAAUCUCUCAAGAUUUCUUGCACAGUUGGCAACUCUUAAGUUCCCCAAUCCUACAGAUGAUGUCCAAGUCAAGUUCUUUUUUGACUACUUAUCUCAGCAGAUGGAAAGUUGUGGAAUCAUAUCUGGGCCCAACCAGAGCACUCUGCUGAAACAAUAUGAGGACUUUGUCCUUGAGUUCCAGCAAUCAUUUGGAGAGCCUACAAAACAGGAAAUAGACCCUCUGAACAAAAAGGACAGCUCCUCCUCUCAGCAGCAUGCUUCUACUUUCCAGCUCCUUGCUCAAAAUCUGAGCUGUAAUGAAACCAAUCUGAGUGGCAACUUCCAAGAAGGACUAGCUGACUCCAUCCAGGAUGAAGUGAGUGGCACAGAUAUGAUGGACAACCUUCCAGACCUGAUCACUCAGUGUAUUCAGUUGGACAAAAAACAAAGUGACAGGCCAGAGCUUCUUCAGUCAGAGACCCAGCUCCCAAUGUUGGCUUCCAUGAUCCACCCUCAAGCCUUUUCCAGCCCCACAGAUCUGCCACCCAAGGAAGAACCUAUACAGUUGCGUGGAAGCCAGCCACCUCUCACCCCAGCCAAACGAGCCCUCCAGCAAGAAGCUCAGUUGUGCCUCUACUGCAGCCAGGCUGGUCACUUCACAAGAGAUUGCCUUGCCAAACGUUCUCGAGCCCCAGCAAGGAUAAAUAACCCAACUCACCAGUAA